AUGGCGGAUAGCGAAUACAAAAAAGUUCCAAUCGUAGAAAACGGCAAAGAUCAGGAUUUAGACGAAGAAUUCACCACAUAUGGUUAUGGUGUGCGACAUAUACAGGCCGUACUGGUUUUCCUUUGCCUGACCUUGGGCUAUGCCACUCGAGCUCAUUUAGGAGUCACCAUCGUUGCUAUGACAAAAGUUAACAGUGAGCAGACUAAUACAGAACAUUCUUCAUUAUAUGAAAGUACAACGCUUACAAAUUUGGUUAGCUCUGAAAGUUUUCAGAAUUUUACUUCAAGUAAUGAUGAAAAUUCUACAAUAAUUUAUGAAACAGUUACUAGCAGCGUUCAUACUACUUUCGAUUGGCCUAAAUCUGUUCAAGAAAUAGUUCUUGGGGGCUUUUUCCUCGGGUAUAGUGUCAUGAUGUUCCCUAUGGGUAUCGUAAGUCAACGAUGGGGAGGAAAAAUACCCCUACAAGUAGCUAUGGCUUUAAAUGCUAUACUAUCUUUUUUUUCUCCAUGGCUUAUUGCUUGGGGUGAUUGGAAAGUGUUAUGCGCUAUACGAGUGAUCCAAGGGUUUUCCCAAGCUGGUUUAUAUCCAAGCAUUAUGAGAUUUGUAGCUAAUUGGAUACCUCUAAGUGAACGAGCCAGCCUCUCUGCCUAUAUUUACACAGGAUCAUUAUUUGGCACAGUAGUGGCAUUCCAAUUAGCAGGUAUCCUCGCUUUUAGUCAAUUUGGGUGGCCUUCAACAUUCUGGGCGCUGGGUAUUGGGUGCUUCAUAGUAUUCGUUUUAAUCACUGUCUUUGGAGCCACCACGCCUCUCGAGCAUAAAUUUAUUUCUGAAGCAGAAAAGAAGUUUAUUAUGGGAAAACUUAAAAAUGACUGUGAAAAUAAAGGUAAAAUACCAUGGAAGUCGAUAUUUACAUCAGUACCAGCUUGGGCAACUUUUAGCACUCAUAUAGGUAGCGCAACGUGCUUCACAUUUAUGUUUGUACAAGUUCCUACUUAUAUGAGUUCUAUAUUAAAACUCAAUAUUAGAAAUAGCGGCAUAUUGUCGUCCCUGCCAUACAUAGCAGCAUUCUCUACAUCGAUAGCUUUCGGUUUUUUCUCUGACUUCUUCACUAACAGAAAAAUGAUUAGUGUGAAGAAUGCUAGAAGAAUAUCAAAUUCAAUUUCAUGUUGUGGACCAGCCCUGUGCCUUGCGUUGGUCUCCUAUACCACUAACACUGCUGUGGCUGUAGUGUGUUUUAUUGUGUCCAUGGCUGCAAAUGCUGCAUUACAUACUGGUUGGAUGGUAAACUAUGUGGAUUUGUCGCCUAAUUAUGGCGGCGCGCUUAUGGCGACAGGGAAUACCCUAUCCGGCUUAUUUUUUGUAUUCUUACCCGUAGUGGUCUCAAACAUUGUUACUGAUGUGACGAAUGUCUACCAAUGGAGGAUCAUAAUGUUCUUAAUGGCUGGUAUGACUACACUAUGUAAUCUCAUCUUUGUAACUUUCAUGUCUGCUGAUGUUCAGCCUUGGAACGAUUCGGAAUAUUCAAAAGCAGAACCUGAAGAAUUGAAGUUAAAGCCUGAGGAGAAAAGUGAAAAAGGCGACAUUUUGAAGGAA